GCAGCUUGCAUGUGCAGAAAACCAGAAUUCGGGAGGCUUUCUGAGUUGCUGGUCUUCCGCCGUCUCCUCGGGGCCGCCAGCUCCGUCGGCGGCACCGGGAGACCCCGGGCCGCGCGCACCACCCGCCCGAGCGGAAGUUUCCCGCAGGUCGCCUUGCCCGGCCGCGCGCGCCGGGGGCCGAGGAGCCUCCGCGCGUCUCCAUCAGGUGCAGCCGCGCGCUCCGCGCCGCCUCCUCCUCCCGCCCCGCGAGCGCCCCGCGAGCGCCCCGCGCGCAGGCCGCCUCGCAGCGCCAGGAGGUUCGCCGAGCCCCGGAGGAGCUUCUGUGAAAGGAGCCCUUCUGUCACUCGUCACUCGCUAGCUCGCGCGCUGUGGGAGGAGCCCGCCGGAGGGAGCCGUGUGCCUGGGCUGCCGAGAGCCAGAGAAUGGAUCUGCUCCGAGUGGGGACAUUGCUGAGGAUCCCGGCUUCCCGCGGUGGCUAAAAACAGACGAUUUGUCUCGGCUGGCUGCAGAGAGCCGGAGGCACAAAGAGCCCGAAGCCAACCCGGAGGGACGGAGGGCAGGACGGGCAGAUGGUCGGCGCGAACCAGAGAGGACCCGCGGCGGAGGCUGAGCACCGAGAGCCGCCGAGGAAGAGAAACUAACUGCACACCAAGUUGCCCCGCCGGCUUCCCCUCGCCGCGCUGAGGAAUGAAACCUUUCCAGCUCGGCUUGCUCUUCCUCUGCUUCUUCUUUUUCAGUCAAGAGCUGGGUCUUCAGAAGAGAGGAUGCUGUCUGGUGCUGGGCUACACGGCCAAGGACAAGUUUCGGAGAAUGAAUGAAGGUCAGCGGGAGCCUCCCCACCAUCUCACAGGCCAAGUCUACUCCUUCAGCCAGCAGCCCCAGGACCAGGUGGUGGUAUCCGGACAACCGGUGACGCUGCUGUGCGCCAUCCCUGAAUACGAUGGCUUCGUUCUGUGGAUCAAGGACGGCUUGGCCCUGGGUGUAGGCAGAGACCUCUCGAGUUACCCCCAGUACCUGGUGGUGGGGAACCAUCUGUCAGGAGAGCAUCACCUGAAGAUCCUGCGGGCAGAGCUGCAAGACGAUGCUGUGUAUGAGUGCCAGGCCAUCCAGGCUGCCAUCCGGUCCCGCCCUGCACGUCUCACUGUGCUAGUGCCACCCGACGACCCCGUCAUCCUGGGGGGACCUGUGAUCAGCCUGCGGGCCGGGGACCCCCUCAACCUCACCUGUCAUGCAGACAACGCCAAGCCUGCGGCCUCCAUCAUCUGGCUGCGCAAGGGCGAGGUCAUCAACGGGGCCACCUACUCCAAGACCCUGCUCCGUGAUGGUAAGAGAGAAAGCAUCGUCAGCACCCUCUUCAUCUCCCCUGGAGACGUGGAGAAUGGGCAGAGCAUCGUGUGCCGUGCCACCAACAAAGCCAUCCCUGGAGGGAAGGAGACCUCAGUCACCAUCGACAUCCAGCACCCUCCGCUUGUCAAUCUGUCGGUGGAACCACAGCCAGUGCUGGAGGACAAUGUCGUCACAUUCCACUGCUCCGCAAAGGCCAACCCCGCUGUCACCCAGUACCGGUGGGCCAAGCGGGGCCACAUCAUCAAGGAGGCGUCCGGGGAGGUGUACAGGACCACCGUGGACUACACGUACUUCUCAGAGCCCGUGUCCUGCGAGGUGACCAAUGCCCUGGGCAGCACCAACCUCAGCCGCACAGUGGAUGUCUACUUCGGACCCCGGAUGACCAUGGAGCCCCAGUCUCUGCUUGUGGACCUGGGCUCCGAUGCCGUGUUCAGCUGCGCCUGGAUCGGGAACCCGUCCCUGACCAUCGUGUGGAUGAAGAGAGGCUCAGGCGUGGUCCUGAGCAAUGAAAAGACCCUGACCCUCAAAUCCGUCCGCCAGGAGGAUGCUGGGAAGUACGUGUGCAGAGCUGUGGUGCCCCGGGUGGGAGCCGGGGAGAGAGAGGUGACCCUGACUGUCAAUGGGCCCCCCAUCAUCUCCAGCACCCAGACGCAGCACGCCCUCCACGGUGAAAAGGGCCGGAUCAAGUGCUUCAUCCGGAGCACACCACCUCCCGAUCGCAUCGCCUGGUCCUGGAAGGAGAACGUGCUGGAGUCGGGGACAUCCGGGCGCUAUACGGUGGAGACGGUCAGCACGGAGGAGGGCGUCAUCUCCACGCUGACCAUCAGCAGCAUCGUGAGGGCUGACUUCCAGACCAUUUACAACUGCACAGCCUGGAACAGCUUCGGUUCUGACACUGAGAUCAUCCGGCUCAAGGAGCAAGGUUCGGAAAUGAAGUCGGGAGCCGGGCUGGAAGCAGAGUCCGUGCCGAUGGCCGUCAUCAUCGGGGUGGCCGUGGGAGCUGGCGUGGCCUUCCUCGUCCUAAUGGCAACCAUCGUGGCCUUCUGCUGUGCCCGGUCCCAGAGAAGUACGGGAGGGAGACCCGGGAGCUCAGGGAGGGGGACAGAGAAAAAGGCCAGGCUUAGACUGCCCCGGAGCGCAAAUCUCAAAGGUGUGGUGUCAGCCAAAAACGAUAUCCGAGUGGAGAUUGUCCACAAGGAGCCCGCCUCUGGCCGGGAGGCGGAAGAACACUCCACCAUCAAGCAGCUGAUGAUGGACCGAGGCGAAUUCCAACAGGACUCAGUCCUGAAGCAGCUGGAGGUUCUCAAAGAAGAGGAGAAGGAAUUUCAGAACCUCAAGGACCCCACCAAUGGCUACUACAGCGUCAACACCUUCAAAGAACACCACUCGACCCCAACCAUCUCCCUGUCCAGCUGCCAGCCAGAUUUGCGUCCCUCAGGCAAGCAGCGCGUGCCCACGGGCAUGUCCUUCACCAACAUCUACAGCACCCUGAGUGGCCAGGGCCGCCUCUACGACUACGGGCAGAGGUUCGUGCUGGGCAUGGGCAGCUCAUCCAUCGAGCUCUGUGAGCGGGAGUUCCAGAGGGGCUCCCUCAGCGACAGCAGCUCCUUCCUGGACACACAGUGUGACAGCAGCGUCAGCAGCAGCGGCAAGCAGGAUGGCUAUGUGCAGUUUGACAAGGCCAGCAAGGCCUCUGCCUCCUCCUCCCACCACUCCCAGUCCUCUUCCCAGAACUCUGACCCCAGUCGGCCCCUGCAGCGGAGGAUGCAGACGCACGUCUGAGGCCCACAUACCUUGGGUGGGGAUGGGAAGGGCAGGAGGAAAGGGCACAGGCUGGGUCUCUAAGAACUGGGGCUACUUCACAGAGGAUUCAGAACCCCCACCUCCAGGACGGCCUGUGAAACCCCCGCUACCACCUUCCUUUGAAGCUCUCACCAAGCACAAAUCUGAGUCGUCAGCUGCAUCGAGGCCAGAGGUGGUGGGAGGGCGGGGAAGUGGACAGAGGAUGCAGACAAGUGCACUGUGCUCGGUGCUGGACACACUGUCCCCCACCCUUCUCUGGAUGUCCCUGUACCACCUGCUCCUCCCACGGGCACCUGUGGCAGCUAUAACUUUGCUUUCCGGAACCUGCCGUCCACUCUCCGUCUCUCCCUGGGCUUCCCCCCGUGCUGCCCGUGAGCCCUCCCCCCAGCCUGUGCUCCCAGACAGUCCUGGGGAGUAAGGGGAGUUCUUCCAGACACUCCAGCGCCCCUUAUUGCUCAUAGUCCAGGCCUCAGAGGCUGAGAAGCCAGCAAUUGCCCCAGGCCAAAGGAGUACCCGCUACCCAGGAGCCCACCCCAGUGCGUUUGGUGUUUUGUGUCCAUACUCUUGCCGUUCUGUCCUUGGACUUGAAGCCUCUGAACUUGGAAGUGGGACUGGCCCAGAGCCGUGGGGAGGGUGAGGGAAGGGAACGAUGGAAAGUGUGAGCAAUGCCCAGCUGGGGAACUCCUCACCCAAGGCUCCUCCCAGCCCAGCCUCCCUGCCCUGCUUCGGGUUCUCCUCUCCUUCCUGCAGCACAACUGGAGUUAAUAUAAGGAGUGUGUGAGUCUCUCUGGUCAGGGUUCUUGGAAUCGCCCCUGAGUGGUUCCUGAGGGGUGUGGGCCAAGGGGGCUGGAGGCCAGGCCUUUCUGAGACUUGCUCUCGGCUGGCGAACACAAGGAACAGUGAUCCUGUCUUCAGUAAGACUCUGGGCCAGAGGGACAGUUCACCUGCACCCCCACCCCCCACCAUCUGAGAAUAAACAUUAGGCCCAUUA